AUGGACGAAUCCAACUCCAGCGACAUGCUUCCCAAAAAACAUCAUGAUAAAAAUUUGGAACUGGACAAGAAAAUUGAGGCUCUACGCAGAAAGAAUGCAGCGCUGAUGAAAAGGUACCAGGAGGUGGAAGAGGACAAGAAAAAGGCAGAGGAGGAAGGCAUGGCGCUGCAGUCUCGCAAGGGCAAAGCCGAUGACCUCUCAAUUACCAUCUGCAAGUCCACCAGCGACGGUCGGAUGGUCACAGCCAAACCCAUGACCACUGGGUCAGAGCAGGACAGGGUAGGGGACGGUCCAUCUCCAAGUGCAGGCCGCGGGCAGAGGAAAGAGCUGACUGUGACAAUGCCAGUGAAAAAGGGUAAGAGGGUGGUGACUGAGAAGAGCCCGGAGCUUUCAGACGCUGCUUCAGAUGAUGGACAGUCGAGACAUGUGGAGUCAAUGAGGGUAAAAGCGGCCCACAUCCCCAAGACUGACACGGCGGCUCAGGUUUGCACCCCCUCCCCUGCUCCCCACCCCGUCUCUUCUCCCCUCUCAUGUGUUUGCAUGGUCCAAAGCUCUAAUCACAAGCUCUGUUCCCACUGA